GUUCACCUCCUUUUUUUAAAAAAUAUCACUAACCUGAACACGCACUAAAUUUGGAAAAAUAUGGCCGUGGGUUCGUAGGUUUCGACCAAAUCGUACACAACCAAUAGUUUGUUCAAGUGCGUUCCUCCAACUAGCUGCCUGGUGAUCGACCCACGCAUUUUAUUGAGUAUAUAUAUCAACCGUAUCUUACUGGAAGUAGCAGUAGUUCGUGCGGCAGUUAAUUCGACAACAUGACUUCGAGCCAUAGUCGGUUUCUUCUCCAGGUUCUCUGUCUGGCGUUUGUUGUGACUGCCAGCCUUGCUAAGGCCAUGGCAAUCGACGAAUCCCACUCAGACCCGACGCGCAUUAGUGAUAGAAAUGACGAAGAUGUCGAUGAAAUCAUUGGUGGUUGGACUGUCGCAAGAGGCUCCCAUUCGUACAUGGUUCGACUACUUCCAAUUGGCUGCGGAGGAACUGUAAUCAGUGAUCGUCACAUUCUCACUGCAGCUCAUUGCGUUGUUGGCCAAGCCAAAAUGGAUGUCUAUUUGGGCGUUUAUACGGUAUCGCCGAUGGAUAGCAAUCACAUCUAUCGGAGCGUUGAAAGCAAAGACAUUCGAAUACACAGCGAAUAUUACGAACCAACACUUCAAAACGACAUUGCCAUUCUUCGGAUUGACCCACCCCUUUGUCCGGUUAAUGAGUUAAAUCGCAUUGCUAUAGCGGCACUGCCUCCGCAAGGAAGUACGUCGACAUACGAAAAUCGGUGGGGACAAGCAGUCGGUUGGGGUUUUGUUUCCAAUGUUGGGCCCGGAUCGCCUGACCUAAAAGCGACUCACUUAUUGGUGCAGUACAAAGGAACAUGCGAAUCCAAAUUCGGCUGGUACAAUCAUCAAAAUCAACUGUGCACAUUCCGCCAAGAUCAAGGCGUUUGCAGGGGAGACAGUGGUGGCCCAAUUUUAGUUAAUGGCGUCCAAGUUGGAAUUGUUAGUGGCGGUUCGACUAUUGCAGGAUGCACCUUCGGAGGCGUCUUUACUCGGGUAUCUACCUAUGUUAACAACGGAUGGAUUCAAGAAAAUAUGGUCUAACUUUGUAUCUGACUUUCAUACGAAUAGCCCGAGACUUCAAUCAAUCAUGGUUGCACGUCACAAAAUAUGCUUAGACUUGUACGUGAUGGCACAAUUAUAAUCAGCAGCAAACUAGA